UGUGUAACGUCUGAUAGUUGGCUAGAUGGAUCGGAUUGUUAGGAGCAGUCGACUCGUCGCUAGUUGCAGCACCGCGUCCGCACACACAUGGCGUAUUUAAGCGUUUAGAAUCGAAAACAUAACACGUAGCUAGCCUUUUAAAGCUACCUUUAUUCGCCUGCAAUGGCCGAAACGUGGACUUCAACACGGAAAGGAUUUGUGGACUUCAGUCCAGGAACGCGUGAUGACACUGACAAGGAGAAUAAUGUCCCGGUUUUGAGCUUGAUCCAGUUUUCAAAGGCUCCGUUUGUCACAUUUGGGACAUUAAGGUUGGGAACGUCCAAGUCGGCUGUUCUGCGGAUUGAGAAUCCUGCUGAAGAUGUAGAAGCAGAGGUGACUGUUGAGAAGAUCCCCUCAAGUAAAGGCUUUUCUGUGGACCACAAAACCUUCACCGUUCAGCCUGAAGGCUCUUUCAGUCUGACAUUAACCUGGACUCCAGCAGAGGAAGGUGGGAUCAGAGAGCUCAUCACGUUCAAUGCCAAUGGAGUCCUCAAGCACCAGGCUGUUUUGCUGGGGCGAGCAGAAGCACCGAAAAAGAAGAAGAAAAGCUUGUGGGACACGAUCAAAAACAAACGGGAGGGUGGAAAAGUUGCUGUCCCUCAGGGGAAAAAACUCAAGCACCCCUCGAAGAUGGUCGCCAAUAAAACCUUCCAGGUGCCACGACAACAGCAGUACAAACGGGACAAGCCGUGCAGUCCUCUGUCCUCACUCAAUGAGGGCAAAGCCACCAGAAGGAGGUCACUCAACAAGCAGAAAGAGCAGAAGGCUUUAAAUCACAGUCUGGCUUUCUCAGAUCAGGAGAAUGUUUAUCACAAUGAGAGGAACUCUCCGGUCGUCUUGCUCAUCCCCGCUGCAAAACUGAUGGACUCUGACUCCACAUCUGCUCGCCCAGAGGUCCUGGCAACCAAACCUGAAAAGAAAGAUCUUAAUAAAAUACUUAAUGCGACGAUCUCACCUAUCGGAACUCCAGAGAAGUUUAAGAAAAUCAUGCCUCGUAUUCAGUCGAAAAACGCAGCUCCUGCCACAGUGAAUUAUAUGGCUGAUGCUGGCGGUGCAUACAGUGAGUUAACUAGAACCUCGGUUCUUUCUUUGGAAGACGCACUGGCCGUCAUUGGCUCCGAUCUGAGCCAAAUGAACACCGGUCUUCGAGAUGCUGGUUCUGAUUUUUUGAAUUCACUGGAAUCAAAAAAUGGGAGUUGUGGCUCUGGACCUGACAGCCCGGAGCUGCCCAAGUCAAAUGAGCUAAGACCAAAAUUUGUGCCUCAUAUUCUGUCAGGAAGCCCAGCUCUAGCUACAGUGAUGUCUCCGGCUGAUGUUGAUGGUGCUAACAUUGAGUUGAGUAGAACCUCACUUCUUUCUUUAGAAGAUGCACUUGCCAUCGUUUGCUCCGAUCUGAGCCAAGUGAACCCCAGUCCUCAAGACGCUAGUUCUUUUUGUGAUUUUUCCGAUUCUCUGGAAUCAAAGAAUGGGAGUUUUGGCUCUAGAACUGACAGAAAUGUCCUGAGACCAUUACCUAAUAGCCCAGAGCUGUUUGAGUCAAAUGAGCCAAGGCUGACUUUCUUUGUCAGCCAAAAGGUUGUUGUAAGUGAGGCUAUUGCUUCAGUGGAGGAGGCUGCAAAUUUGACUGAAAUUGUCAAAAAGUCCUCAUUUACCUCAGCUACGGUGAUCAAGAGCAAAGCCCCAGUGAAGGAAAACAGUUUGAGUGGACGGAAAAUAAAGAAGAUGAGGCGCAGGCUCUUGGAGAAAACACUGGAGCUGUCUGACUGCAGCUGUCAGUGUGAAUCAGUCUCAGACACUCCAAAUCUCCCUGUGAUCGAUCCAGACAAGGGAAAUAAGGGAACGCUGAACUCUUAUGUUACCAGUCACCCGUGUGAUGACCCUCAUGAAGUGCUGGGGUUCACCUCUUCCAGCCUGAGUCCAUGCACCCAUGGUCCACCUCCACCCGUCACCUUCCCUCCCUCCUCCUCUCCGCCUGUGGCUCCCACUUGCAUUUCUUUCUCAAUCACCUCUCCACCUCCUGCGAUCACUUCUUUCACCGUCACCUCUCCGUCACCCCGUGGCUCAUCCUCUCCCCUUCGCCUUGACCUCCCAUCGAAACCGAGUGUAUUUGAGCAGUGUCCAGCUGUCUCUGCGCUUUCGUCCGCUCGGGAUGACUCCUUUCCCAUCCACAAGGCUGGGAUGAGUAAGAAGAGGAAGAGCGAGGAGUAUUUGAAAAGUGAUGCGAGGCGAGAGAAAGCUGUGGAAAGUGAGAGGGUCAAAAGGAGCAAAGUGGUGGUUGGCAAAACGGAGGCCUCGAGAUCAGCGCAGGAGUGGAGAGGGGCGUCGCAGAGGCAGCAGCAGCCGAGAACAGCAGGAUCAGUGCGCUCUUUGACUUCGUCCUCUCUGAAGAGCACACGGUCUGCUGUUCCGCUCCAGAAAAAGCAACCAAGCUCCAAACACAGCUCGAGAGGUGCACCAUCUCUGAAGUCUGCUUCAUCUGUGAGGACAGCAAAAGUUAUUGCUGUAGCGCAGUCAAAGCUAACCUUCAUUAAACCAGCCCAAACAGCCAUACCAAGGCACCCAAUGCCAUUCGCCGCAAAGAACAUGUUCUAUGACGAGAGAUGGAUUGAAAAGCAGGAGAGGGGAUUCACAUGGUGGAUCAACUACGUUCUGACCCCAGAUGACUUUAAAGUCAACACCGAAGUCACUAAAGUGAGUGCUGUAUCUCUUGCCAUGGGCAAUGAUAACACCUUCAGCAUACCUAAAGCUCCCACCAAAGAGGAGAUGUCAUUCAGCACCUACACAGCCCGGAGGAAGCUGAACCGCCUCCGUCGUUCUGCCUGCCAGCUCUUCACAUCUGAAGCCAUGGUGAAGGCCAUUCAGAGGCUGGAACUGGAGGUGGAGGCCAGGCGGCUGCUUGUCCGUAAAGACCGCCAUCUUUGGAAGGACAUAGGUGAACGGCGAAAAGUUCUCGACUGGCUUCUCUCCUACAAUCCGCUGUGGUUACGCAUAGGGCUGGAGACGAUCUUCGGAGAGUUGCUCUCACUGGAGAGCAACAACGAUGCCUUGGGUUUGGCCAUGUUCAUCCUCCAGCGGCUGCUGUGGAACCCAGAUAUCGCUGCUGAGUUUCGGCACCCCAAAGUGCCCCACCUUUACAAAGAUGGCCACGAGGAGGCACUGUCUCGCUUCACACUGAAGAAGCUGCUCCUGCUGGUGUGUUUCCUGGACAAGGCCAAAGAGUCUCGGCUGAUAGAGCACGACCCCUGUCUGUUCUGUGUGGAUGCAGAGUUCAAGACCAGCAAAGACCUGCUUCUGGCAUUCUCCAGGGACUUCCUGAGUGGAGAGGGAAUCCUCCCCCGGCACCUCGGCUACCUGGGAUUACCCGUCUCUCAUGUUCAGAAGCCCCUGGACGAGUUCAACUUCGCUGUGAAGAAUUUGGCUGUGGACUUGAAAUGUGGGAUUCGCUUAGUGCGUGUCAUGGAGCUCCUCAUCCAGGACUGGAGUCUGUCGACAAAGCUCCGGCUGCCGGCCAUAAGCCGCUUGCAGAAAGUUCACAACACUGAUAUUGCUCUGCAAAUUCUCAAAAGCAAAGACAUCGACCUAAAGGAUGAACAAGGCUCCAUUAUUGAGUCCAGAGACAUUGUGGAUGGACAUAGAGAGAAGACAUUGAGCCUCUUAUGGAAAAUCAUCUUUGCAUUUCAUGUGGAGGUGAUUCUGGAUGAGGACCAGCUAAGGGACGAGAUUGGUUUCUUGAAGAGAACAUUAAGGACCAAACGGAGGCUUGAUUCUCUGAGGUCCGACCGGGGCCUUCAGCCGAGUCCUGUAAAAUCCAGGGCACCAUAUGAACACAGCAGCACCAAGAUUACGCUGCUGAUGGACUGGACUCGUGCUGUGUGUGACUUCUACAAUCUGAAGGUGGAGAACUUCACCGUGACGUUCUCAGAUGGCCGGGUCCUCUGCUAUCUCAUCCACCGCUACCACCCAGGUCUCGUGCCUGAGGAGGCUAUCAGUCACAGCACCACGCAGACCGUUGAGUGCUCCCAGAGAGGACGCCUGGAACUCGACUGCUCUGCCAGCGACUCAGACAGUGACUUAUCAACCAGCCUGCAUGGCCCAGAUUCUCCAUCAGUAGAAUUUAAAGAGCUACUAGAAAACGAGAGAAACAACUUCAAACUGGUGAACACUGCCGUGUCUUUUCUGGGUGGAGUCCCCGCCAUGAUCAAUCCGGCUGACAUGUCCAACACUAUCCCCAAUGAGAAGGUUGUGAUGUCUUACCUGACGUUCUUAUGUGCCCGUCUGCUGGACCUGCGAAACGAAACCCGAGCAGCUCGGGUCAUACAGGGUGCCUGGAGGAAAUACAGGCUAAAGAAAGAUCUACAGCUCUACAUGAAGCGCAGAGCUGAAAUGCAAGAUCGAGCCGCGAUUAUCAUCCAGUCAGUCUGGAGGGGUCACGUAGCCCGCAACAGGCUGAGGAAGAAGAAAGAGGCUCAAAUCCGGGCUCUGCAGUAUGAGGCAGCAACUGUCAUACAGGCGCAGUGGAGGAUGUGUUCAACUAUGAGGGCUUACCAACGCCUCAGAUACUACACUAUUAUUGUCCAAGCACAAUGGCGUAUGAGGAGCGUUGCUGCUGCUUAUGGAAGGAUCUAUUGGGCAGCAACAGUCCUUCAGAAACACUGGCGGGCGCUGGUUCUUGCAAGAAGAGGUCAGGAACGUUAUCUCUCCCUUAGAACUGCAGUGAUGACAUUACAGAGAGGGUACAGAAGAUGGAAGGCCAAGAAAACAGAGAGGGAAAACCAUGCUGCCAAAGUGAUCCAAGGUGUGUUUAGGAAAUGGCACCAGGAAAGAAUGACCAAAAGAAGUGCUGCUGCUGUAAGGAUUCAGUCUUGGUACAGAAUGCACAGGUGUCUCAAUCAGUACAGGCAGAUCAAAAGAAGCACUAUACUCAUUCAAGCUCAGUACAGAGGUCACGCACAGAGGUGCCACUUUAAGAUGUUGAAGCUACAGGACCACUCAGCUGUUAUCAUCCAGAGUGCCUUCAGAGGGCACACCAUCAGGAAACAGGUGGCAAGGAUGAGAAGUGCUGCAGUCAUAAUUCAGCGCUGGUUCAGGGCCUCUGUGAAAAGAGACAUGGAGAGAUUGGAGUUUGUGAGGAUAAGAUGCGCUGCUGUUACCAUACAGGCAGCUUAUCGUGGAAAAGUGGCCCGAGAGUUUGUGAAAAAACAGCAGAAGGCGGCAACAGUAAUCCAGGCAGUUUAUAGAAGGUACACUGUUCAAAGCCGCUACCUUGUCAUGAGAAAAGCUGCAGCUAUCAUACAGCAAAAGUACAGAGCUGCAGUAUUGGCUCAUAAAACAUUGAAGGAUUUCCAGGCUCUUAGGAAUGCUGCAAUCAUUAUUCAAGCUAACUGGAGAGGCAGGGCUGUCAGGAAGAUGAUAGAAAAUCGCCAUAAGUGUGCAACUCUGAUACAGGCUUACUACCGUCGGCACAAAGCCCAGGCAGAGUACAGGUCAAAGAAAGUGGCAACUGUUGUCUUACAGCGUCACUACAGAGCUUAUGUGGCUGGAAGGGAGAUGAGGGAAGGGUUUCUAUGCCUAAAAGCAGCCUGUGUCACUCUACAAGCUCAAUUCAGAGGCAUGAGAGCCAGGGCAGAGAUCAAGAAAAAGCACCAGGCUGCAACUGUCAUUCAGUCUACUGUCAGGAUGUUUCUCUCUAGGAAACGAUAUGUUCUCAUUCAAAGUGCAUCAAUUAUUAUCCAAAGUCGAUUCAGGGCUCUUCUGCUUGGCAGAACCCAACAAAAUGAGUACAGGGAGCUAAAACAGGCCACAAGAAAGAUUCAAGCUGUCUACCGGGGAUUUAGAGUGAGAGAAGACCUAAAGAAGAGGAACAAUGCUGCCAGAGCGAUCCAAGCUCACUUCAGGAUGUACAGAAUGCGUAUGGCUUACCUUGCCACCAAGUGUGCUGCCAUCAUUAUUCAGGAACACUACAGAGCCAAAAUACUCAAGGAUCAACAGUUGCAGAGGUACAAAAAAAUAAAAGCUGCUGCUGUCGUCAUCCAGAAAGCUUAUCGUGGCCACAUGGCCAGGAGGAACGUUACAGAAAUGCACAGAGCUGCUGUCAUCAUUCAAAGAAAGUUCUUCACAAUCCGUGAAAGAAAUAAGUUUCUCGCUAUUAAGACGGCAGCAGUGGUUUGUCAGCAGAGGUACAGAGCUGUAACCCUUGCAAGAAUAGACCGUCUAGACUAUCUGUCAAAGCGCAGGGCAGCCAUUUGUCUGCAGGCAGCCUACAGGGGAUAUAAGGUCAGAAAGCAGGUGCGUAUCCAGCACAUGGCAGCUGUGACAAUUCAGUCUCACUUCAGAAGAUACCAGCAGAGAAAGUUCUACAAGAGGCUAUGCUGGGCUGCCAGUGUAGUGAAAGCACGUUACAGAGCUAAUAAAGAAAUGAGAUCGGAGAUGAACAAUCUAAGUGCCAAGAAAAAGGCUGCUGUUGUCUUACAAGCUGCCUACCGUGGAAUGAAAUGCAGGCAAGUCAUCAAACAAAGGCACCAGGCUGCCUGUGUUAUCCAAAGAGCUUACAAAGCCCACGGUGAACACAGGGACUAUCUGAACUUGAGAUCCUCUGUCGUCACCAUUCAGCAGAGGUACCGAGCCACUGUAGCAGCAAAGAAACGAAAGCAAAAGUAUCAGAACAUGCGAAGAGCAGCCAUCAUUCUUCAGGCAUCCUACAGAGGUUGGCAGGUCAGAAAGGAGGUUGUUCGUUGGCAUCAUGCCGCCACUGUGAUUCAGUCUGAAUUCAGAAAGCACAGAGAGGAAGUCAAAUUCCAGGCCAUGCGACUGUCAGUCAUCAUCAUCCAGAGGUACUACAGAGCCUGGGCUCUUCAGAAGCAAGACAGAGAAAACUUUCUGAAAGUUAAACAUUCUGCUAUUGUUCUUCAGGCAGCUUUCAGAGGCCAGUGUGUGCGAAACACAAUUACCAAGAUGCACAAGGCAGCCACUGUCAUCCAAACAAACUUCAAGAGACAUAAACAGCAGUCAACCUUCAGGAGACAAUGCUGGGCAGCUUGUGUUCUACAGCAGCGGUUCAGGGCUCAGAGACGGCGAGACCUUGAAUUAAAACACUAUCAGAUGUGCCGAAAGGCAGCCAUCAAGUUACAGGCUGCAUAUCGUGGUGUGAUGACAAGGAGGAAGCUCAAACAAAGCCACUGUGCUGCCAGUAUUAUCCAGAGAGCUUUCAGGGCUCAUUGUGAGCGCAAGCACUAUCUGACUUUAAAAUCCUCCAUCCUUACGAUUCAACGGCGGUAUCGUGCCACUGUAGCAGCAAAGGAACAAAAGCAAGAAUACCAGGAAAUGCGCAGGGCUGCUGUUGUCCUUCAGGCAGCCGACAGAGGUUGGCAGGUCAGAAAGGAGGUUGCUCGUUGGCAUCAGGCCGCAACUGUUAUUCAGUCUGAAUUUAGAAAACACAAAGAAGAAGUCAAAUUCCAGGCCAUGCGGCUGUCAGCCAUCAUCAUCCAGAGGUACUACAGAGCCUGGGCUCUUCAGAGACGAGACAGAAAAAACUUUCUGAAAGUUAAACAUUCUGCUAUGGUUCUUCAGGCAGCUUUCAGAGGUCAGCUUGUGCGAAACAACAUUUCCAAGAUGCACAAGGCAGCCACUAUCAUCCAAGCAAACUUCAGGAGACAAAAACAGCAGUCAACCUUCAGAAAACAACGCUGGGCAGCCUGUGUCUUACAGCAGAGGUUCAGGGCUUACAGACUGAGAGACAUUGAAAUAAACCAUUAUCAGAUGUGCAGAAAAGCAGCCAUUGUUUUACAGGCCACAUAUCGUGGAAUGAAAACGAGGAGGAACAUCAAACAAAGCCACUGUGCUGCCAAUGUUAUCCAGAGAGCCUUCAGGGCCCAUUGUGAACACAGGCACUAUCUGACAUUAAAAUCCUCCAGCCUUACUAUUCAACGGAGGUAUCGAGCCACUGUAGCAGCAAAGGAACAAAAGCGAGAAUACCAGAAAACGCGCAGGGCUGCUGUUGUCCUUCAGGCAGCCUACAGAGGUUGGCAGGUCAAAAAGGAGGUUGCUCGUUGGCAUCAGGCCGCAACUGUUAUUCAGUCUGAAUUCAGAAAGCACAAAGAAGAAGUCAAAUUCCGGGCCAUGCGGCUGUCAGCCAUCAUCAUCCAGAGGUACUACAGAGCCUGGGCUCUUCAGAGACGAGACAGAAAAAACUUUCUGAAAGUUAGACAUUCUGCUAUUGUUCUUCAGGCAACUUUCAGAGGUCAGCUUGUGCGAAACAACAUUUCCAAGAUGCACAAGGCAGCCACUGUCAUCCAAACAAACUUCAAGAGACAUAAACAGCAGUCAACCUUCAGAAGACAACGCUGGGCAGCUCGUGUCUUACAGCAGAGGUUCAGAGCCCACAGACAGAGGGAGCUUGAAGUCAAACAUUAUCAGAUGUGCAGAAAAGCAGCCAUUGUUUUACAGGCGGCGUGUCGUGGCAUGAAAAUGAGGAGGAACAUCAAACAAAGCCACUCUGCUGCCAGUGUUAUCCAGAGAGCUUUUAGGGCUCACUGUGAACGCAGGCAUUAUCUGACCUUAAAGUCCUCCAUCCUUACUAUUCAACGGAGGUAUCGAGCCACUGUAGCUGCAAAAGAACAAAAGCAAAAGUAUCAGAAAUUGUGUAGAGCCGCUGCCAUUCUUCAGGCUGUGUACAGAAGUUGGAGGAUCAGAAAGGAGGUUGCUCGUUGGCAUCAGGCCGCAACUGUGAUCCAGUCUGAAUUCAGAAAGCACAAAGAAGAGGUCAAAUUCCAGGCCAUGCGGCUGUCGGCAAUCAUCAUCCAAAGGCACUAUCGCUCCAGUAUUAUUCAAAGAAAAGAAAGGGAAAACUUUCUUAAAGUGAGACAAUCAGUCAUUGUUCUUCAAGCAGCUUUCAGAGGUCAGCGUGUGCGGAACACUGUUACCAGGAUGCACCAAGCAGCUACUGUCAUCCAAGCCAACUUCAGGAAACAUAAACAGCAGUCAUCCUUCAAGAGACAACGCUGGGCCGCUUGUGUCUUACAGCAGAGACUCAGAGCUCAGAGACAGAGAGACCUUGAUUUGAAGCAUUAUCAAGAGGUGAGAAAAGUUGUCAUUCAUCUACAAGCUGCCUUCCGUGGAUUAAUAUCCAGGAGAAUGAGCCAACAAAGGCACCAAAGUGCCACAGUGAUCCAAAGAGCUUUCAGGGCCCACUAUGAACACAAGCAGUACCUGAAAUUGAAAUCAUCUGUGCUCAACAUUCAGCAGAAAUACCGGGCAACUGUAGCAGCUAAAGCACAACGAGCAGAGUAUCUGGAAAAGCGCAAUGCAACCAUCAUUCUUCAGGCAGCACACAGAGGCUGGCAGGCCAGAGUGAGGGUUGCUCGUUGGCAUUGGGCCGCCACUAUUAUCCAGUCUGAAUUCAGGAAGCACAGAGAAGUAGUCAAAUUCCAGGCCUUGCAGCUGUCCGCCAUCAUCAUCCAAAGACAUUAUCGCUCCCAUGUUCUUCGACAAUAUGAGCAAGAAAUGUUUCUGAAAAAGAAACAAUCCACCAUCAUCCUUCAGGCUGCAUUCAGAGGCUGGUGUGUCAGGCGGGAAAUAAGGCGAUUAAAUCACAGUGCCACCGUCAUCCAAUCGUGCUGGAUAGGCAUGGUGCAGAGGCGUAUCUUCCACAGGAAGAAAGAGGCAGCUGUGACACUUCAGCGCUGGUUUCGGGCAGUGCAGCUUGGCAGAGUGGAGAGGAACAACUACACCCGAAUGAGGCAAGCUGCUGUCACACUUCAGACACACUGCCGGGCCUGGAGUGCAAGACGACAGGUACUGGAGGCUGCCAAAGCAAAGCAUAGGCUCCAGUUUACAUCGGCUGUUUUCCAUCAUCUCAGCGCCAUAAAAAUCCAAAGAGCUCUGAGAGCGCACUGGGCUUUAGAGUCUGCAAAAAAACAAAUCCACUCUGUCAUCACCAUACAGCGAUGGGUAAGAGCGAGGCAGCAGAGGAGACGGUAUCUGGAGGACAGGAGGAAGGUGGUUAGAGCCCAGCGAGCAAUCAAGUCCUGGUUAGCUCGUCGCCACAAAGCUGCAUCUGUCAUCCAGCUGGCCGUCCGGAAAUUCCUCCUUCUCAGGCGUCAGAAGAGGGUUCAACAGGGGAUUGUUAAAGCUCAGGCUCUGUGGAGAGGACACCGCUCCCGCCGACUGAAUGACAAGCCUAAGAUUGUGAAGCUGAGACACCGCUUACACCAAAUCUCUGCUGCCGUCAGAGAGGAGGACAAACUGUGCAACAAGACGUCGUCUGCCCUGGACUACCUCCUUCGAUACAAACAGUUUUCCUACAUUCUAGAGGCCCUGAAAAAACUGGAAACUGCCACCAGGCUGUCGCCAGAGUGCUGCGAGCGGCUGGUAGAGAGCGGAGCGACCACUGUCAUCUUCACACUCAUCCGCUGCUGUAACAGGAGCGUCCCCUGCAUGGACGUGAUCACCUUCUCCAUCCAGAUCCUCCUCAACCUGUCCAAGUACCACAAGACUAUCGAGGCGGUGUAUUCGGUGGAAAGCUCAGUGGUGACGUUGCUGGACCUGCUGCAGAGAUACCGGGAGAAGGCGGGUGAUAAAGUGGCCGAAAAGGGCGGCAGCAUCUUCACCAAGGCUUGCUUUCUUCUUGCUCUCCUGCUGCAAGACAAACAGCGCGCUGCGGAGGUUACGAAGCUGCCCAAAGCCUUGGACAUGAUUCGCAGUAUUUAUCGCCUCACUGCUCGCAAACACAAGAUGGAUGCGGAAAGAACGGUCACCAAGCAGAAGAUGAACGCGUCAGUCAACGGGAGCUUCUUUGUUCUGGCAACGCCUCGUAAAUCACGACCUGCACCAAAGUUUGCACCAGAUUGGGUUCUCAGAAAGGACAAGCUCAAAGACGUGGUGGCUCCUCUCAGGGCCAUUCAGAUGGUGGCAGAGACAUUGUCUGUUGUGUUGUAAAUAGAUGAGCUUUUAUAUAUGAAUACAUCAUCUCCUUUUUUUCUUCUCAGAAAAUAUUAUUUUAUGUUGUUGGGUGUUUCUUUUUUUUUUACCAUGACAUUUCCAUGUGUUUCAUGUACAUAUUAAAAUGGAUUUGUUUCCUAAA